AUAAAGCGUAACGUUUUGGGUUUUUCGACGCUUUGUUGCCAUCGUCUGCUGGCAACGCUGCUGGAUGUAAUCUCUGCAACUUUUGCAGCACAGCACGGGCCCGUUCCAAGUUGCCCGCAGUAGUGGCGAUAUAUUUAAAGUUCUUUGGUAGCUGCGGUGGCACGACACCGAGCUGUAGUUUGAUGUAAGAUGCACCAUGGCUCUUCAGACCCAGCGCUACACGUUGGUCGGCUUCUCCAAGGAACUGGACCGGAGAUCUUUGCAUUUCGUCGAACCGAUUCCGGCGAACAGAAUAUGCAAAGUGUGCAGCCUGGUGCCGAGAAUGACAGCUUUUCUGCCAUGUUUGCACGUAGUCUGCAAAACGUGCUACGAGCAGUGCCAGCUCAACGACGACAACUUCUGUCCGCUCGAUGGCAACAUGUUCAGAGAAGACGACGUCGACUGGAGAGAUUUUCCUGCAGACGUUCUGCUCAGACGACAGGUAAAAUGCUGGAAUGAAGAAGCUGGCUGCGAUGUGGUCAUGGCUGCCUCCAAGCUGUACGAGCAUUUCUUCCAAGAAUGCACCUACCAUACCACGUCUUGUCCAAAGUGCUUGGCUGUGAUUCCCUGCAAAGAUGUAUGCGCACAUAUCAGGAGCGACUGUACCGAUUAUGCGGUGUCUCGCACGUCUAGAGGCCCGCAAGCUUCAUCCAGUGAUCCCGAAGCAAUGCUGAGAGCUUUGAACGCAAGCUUAGACGCGCGAGUCAUAGAAAUGAAAGACAGGCUAGAUGAAGUCCUUAGCGAGAGUAGCGCUCAAAGCGACCGACUAAGUGAGCUUUCACACUGUAUGAACACGAUCAAAGAAGCACUGUUACAACCAUCCGCUAGUGGAGCUUGCGCAGUGCAGAGUGGUGUUCUGGAAACGGCUGCUGGCAUUGCCUCUGUUGGAGCAGUUAAAGAAAUGUUGACGGCACAAAGUAACAGGCUCCGUGAACUUUCUGGAAGCAUAAGCAUUCUAGGUGACACUCUGAGCAGAGCCGUGGAAGAUACGAAAAGGACCAGUCUGGAGAAGUUGGAACAAAAUAAAAAUGAUCUGUGUAUGUUGCGAGCAGAUUUUAGUGAGCGCGUUGCAGAAAACACUGAAACUUUGGAGGAAAUUUUGCAGAGCCUGAGGGAGUUCAAGGAAAUUCUUCUCGUAAAAGACCCGAAGCUCGCAACAAACUUGACGACUUCUGAAACGUGCCCCACAAGUGGUGCUACUGUCACUGCACCUAGAGAGAUAGAGGAACAAAGGGAACAGCGAACACCACUCCAGCACAGACAACUCGCCCAAGACGGGGUCAACACUCAGCGUUGCGAACUCGUUGUGAAAGGGAUAAGAGGAAUUAAGCAAUGUGUAAACUUAGACGGAUUUUAUGAUUAUAGUGGUGAAAGGAUGUAUCUUUCAGGCUAUCACCUACUGGGAGGCGUGAAAUUUGUUAAAGAUGAUGAGUCUGUAACCGUGCACGCUCGCCUUAAGCUGCUCAAAGGCGUGAACGAUGACUUGCUCGAGUGGCCAUUCUAUCGGAGCUUGAAGCUGAGCGCCGUGCAUCCGUCGGACAGAGAAGAGCGCUAUUGUGUGUACCCUGCAUUUCGCAGUAUCACGCACUUUGGAAAGCCAGGACCAAUUGGCAACAAGGCCUUGUUUUUCAUAGAGCGCUCGUUAUGCUUGGAAGAUCUUGAGCGCGAUGGAUACGUGGUGAAUGACAAGCUUCACUUAGCGCUGGAGCUCGUUCCGCUUGUCGAGCAUAAUUGAGAGGAAUUUCAGGCCCUCUACAGGUCCCGGUGCAAUCUACGCUGCUGUCUGACAGCACUACUAAUUCCACUGACCAUCUGCCUUACCUGCGGCUGUGUUUCUUGUUCAGUGUUACUCCAUAUAAUAUUUUUGUACUGUUAUGCUGUAUUGUAUGCUGCAGUUAUAUUCUCCUAUGCACUGUUAACACCAUGCUUUCUUUAUCAUCCUAUGCCAUAUAAAUAAAACGUUUAAGAAAGAUGAAA